UCGCAACGCACUGGUGGCAUGCGACACUGCACGCAGCAAGAUCGUCGAACGACAAAUUUAGAUUGGAAAGAAACACAGAAAAAAUAGGAAACCUCGAGACAUGGACAGCGAUGAUGUUCUGGGCGACGGUGGAAGGAAGGCUCUAGAUGCUUGUGUGAAGGUUAAAAUUGUCUGUAAACCAGAAAUACAAGAAUAUGAUCGGAACUCUGCGCUAGAACGAAUUCUCAGUUGUUAUGCAGGCAGCAUUCCCAAAGGAUUGUACCAAUGGUCGGUAUUUGAUCCGCUUACGCUUUUUGACAUACGUGGUGGGCACAAUGUUUCUAAGAUGAAAAGAAGCUAUACUAUAAAAGAAAUUUAUAAUGCCCUUAUCAAUUUUGAUGAGGUUAAAUAUGUUCAAAAAUACCCCAAAGGACCUGGGUCUGCCGAAAAGAGGGAGCUGAUUGACAAACGGAGAGAGGAUGUUAAAAAAGAGCAUAAGGAAGCCAGUAAUAACCCAGCUGGACGUCAGGAAUAUUCGUUGGUUGUUGCACAGCGCAGAGUGAAGGAUUGCUUCGCUGGAAACUUUGCAGGGGAUAGUCCCGUGCUUGAAAGAAAGCCGAAUAAUGAACCUUACCGCAUUGAUGAGAUAUAUCAAGCUGUUGUUCGUAUUCACAAAGAAGGGCGACUUCUCAGGUAUGAUGGAGAGAACCUCUUGAAGCAAUUGAUUGAUGAAAACUGGAAUGAUCUGAUCAAAGAGCAUAACGAAGCCCUAAAAAGUGGUGAUGCCACAAAACGUGAAUACUCAUGGAGUGAAGCUGAACAUAGAGUGAGACAUUGUUUUGCUGGUACACUUCUGGAUGAUACAGACAUUUUCCCCACUACAAAAGCAUCUUAUGAUAUUUUUGACAUUAAUACGGCUAUUGAGCAUUUUGAUACCAAAAAACUUAUUGAUAAGUACCCAAAGCCAGGAUCAGGAUAUGAUGAAGAGAAAGAAGAGGUUGAUACACGAAGAGUUCUCAUGAAAACAGAGUAUGACGAAGCCACUACCAUGGUUGAAGUUGAACAUGGAUCUGGGUUUAUCAUCCAUGAUCACUCUAUUAUUACCAAUGAGCAUGUCAUCAAAACAUAUCUUGAUGAUAAACGGAAGUAUGAAAUCCACAUUUCUAAUGCAGUCAUUAAUGAUCUACCCUGCACAGAUGCUCACUAUGAUUCUAAGAAAGAUUUGGCAUUACUAUAUUGUCGAGACCUCAAUUUAAAGGAAUGUGGAAUUCAUCCGUUACAGUUGUCUAGCCAGCCAUUGUCAACAGGGAGGAAAAUGUUUUGUUUUGGCUAUCCAGUUAACCAUACAGGAGAAACAGCUUUGUUUCUGGAAGGCACCGUCUCUGGGUUCAAAAAAACCUUGUUUGGUGAACCACUGAUGGUUUUAAAUUGUUCACUCUGUUCUGGCAAUUCAGGUGGCCCAGUAUUGUGUAGGACAAAAGGUGAAAUAAAGGUAGUUGGAGUUGUAAAACAGAAACAUACCAAAGAAAUUCUAACACCAGCUGAAGUAACUGCAAUUGUAGAACAUUCGGUGGAUGAUGUAACUAAGACUUUGCCAACUGCUUACGAUUCAUCAUCAGAGGUGGCUCAGACGUUGGUUGAUGGACUUUCAUUAAGGCUUCACAAAGCCCUAAUGAGCACUCAUUCACCUUUCAAUUUUGGUGAUGCCUUGCCAGGAAGUUUAAUUAUCGAGUUUAUGGCUGAUUGUGACAAACGAUACACAAAACUAGAUGUAAGAAAAACUAGCUCCAAUUUCUGAACAAUUUUGUCAUAAAAACUCUAUACAUUCUUGCUAAGCAAUUUAAAAGCAAACAUUUUUCGUAACAAUCUGGGUGAAACAUUUUGAAGCAAUUCAAGUUUGCAUAUCUGCGAGCUCCUUCCUAACAUUAACGGAAGUGUAAUAAAAACUGGCAGUAAACAAUGGUCACAACUGAGGAAAUUUAAGAUGGGGUACAAAUUAUUUGCUGUGGUUUGAAGAAUAACAGCAAAUUGUUGUUUUCACAAUUGGCUGGUUUUAACAGUUUCUAUGGUUACAUAAGUACUGUAAGGGCAGGAUUUUGCUGAGUUGAGCUAUUCUAUGCUGGAGUCACUGCUGCCUUGCUUUCGUUUCAAGAUUUUUUAUUAAUGUCGUUUUGAUUUAUUUUGUUAUCUUACAGUUGUUGGCAUUGUCACCCCACACCCUCGGGGUUCUUGUUAAGUGCCUGGCUCUGCAUUCGGGAGGGUUCAGGUUUUCUCUAAAAAAAAGGGGCUUUUUCCUGACGGGCAGCAGGCAUGACCUACCUUUUUGUUUCAAUAAACAUGAACAGGGUCUGUUACUCGCAGAAUGCUGGGCUAAGCGCUGUAGUCCGUUAUCCAGUGCAGCAGUCAGUUCCCUUAUAAGUGACAAGUUGUGUUCGAUCUGUUGUCUAUCAGAGAGAUUAGGGGAAACUGAUAAACUUUAAAAAAAAUUUUUCCAACAUGUGCAUUGUGUGACAGCCCCUUAAGCAUGUAAAAAAAGUAUCAAGGUUUUUAAUUACUUAAGAAACAGGUACAGCCAUACAGGUAUUAUUAUUAUUUUUAGCUGCCAUGGUACAGGUUGGGGGAAGUAUGAAGGGGCCUUCUCUUCCUGUUAGGAAAGGACCCUCGGGGAGACUCCCAUAUGAAUCAGUCGAGGAUGCUCGUUGUGUCGCCUAGAGUUGUAAAAUUAAUGAAGGAUUUUGGUCUCCCUUAGGGUGUUACACCACUAUUUUUAGCUGUCAAAGUAUCUUAUGGUGCAUACCAAUUACAAAAAGCUGUCAUUUUCAUUUUUUAGUCUCAAUUUCAGCUGGUCUCUCUAGUCCGGUCUACUAGUGUGGAUUCCUUUCCCAAACAGUGGGUAACCAAGUCUAUUCCAUUUUAAGUGGUAUCUUUUAGGAGUCAAUGAAAGCUCCAGCCACACCCAGAUUGGUAUUGUUUAGGGGUUUAAUUAAAAGUUUACUUGAUGUUGUGAUCAGUCAGAGAAAAAAUGCAGUUGUCAACAAAAUGCUAUACAAAAUAAUGCCAGUGUUCAAUAGAUCACACAUUUCCACUGAGUUAAGAAAUUUUGAGUAACGUUAUUUUCUGGAUGAGCCUGGGUUAAGGCAUAAAUUUUGCAUUCUUUUUUGCAGACACCCCAGGGCACUAGACUGACCCUAGGGAAUUUCCUGUUUUCUUUCUCUGACUGGGGGAAACACUAUUGGCUGCAGUCUGUUUCUGUCAAAAUCAAAAUAUCUCCAUU